AUGUUGAGCGAAUUAAUUAAACCACAACAACAAUCAUUACCUACAGCAAAAUCCCCUAUUGAAAUAAUUAAUUCUAGAAAAAAUAAAAUAAAUCAAGAUGAGGGUUAUUCACAAAGUUCAGAAGAGGAGGAAGUAGAAGAUUCUUUAAUUAAUGAUGAAUCCCUUUUUGCCAAACAAACACUGUGUUGUCCAGAAACUAACAAUUUAACUGAGAAUAGUCAAUUUGGUUAUGGUUUUGGUUGGGUACGUAAUGAAGUUUUGGGCAAAUUUAAAGAAGAAAUUGUUGAUUUAAUUGAUUUGGCUGAUCCGGAAAAUGUUUUAAUUGAAGAAAGAAGUCAAAAACUGAAAGAAUUUGACGAAAAACAUUUUUCUGAACAAUAUUAUUUGGCAGAUUUAUUUUCUCAAGAACAAUACCAACUCGAUGCUAUGGAAUUUUGUUUUGAUAAAAAUUGUGUAAAAUUAACUGAAGAAGAUUUUACAGAUUUGAAGGAUUUGAGAAUAAGAAAGUUGGAAAACUUUUCCAAGGAAAUUAAUGAAAAGAUUGCUCUAUCUUUGGUUGACAUUAUUUUUGGUUUUGCUUAUGAUUUUAGAACAACAUUGGAAGAACAUUCAGUAGAAUCUGGUUGGACAAUUUCUAAAUUAUCCCCUUCAUUAACUUUUCUUGUUCAAUGGUCAAAUAUACAAGAAGCAAUAUCUUCAACUAUUAGACAUUCUUUAGUGUUACCAAUGAUUAGAAAUUGGGAAUUGAGUUUGAAGGUUAUGCAGGAUGUUGGGAUAAUUAUUGAAAAUGGCCGUUCAUCAAUUUUACAUGUUCUUUUAACAUGCAGACGUAUUUUUAAUAAAAGUGGUGGUGAAUUUCGAUAUUUAUUAAAUCAACUUUUUAUUGACGAUUUAUGUCUUUGGAUUCAAUCAGUUGAUGAAGAAUUAAUUUUAAAUUUAAAUAAAGAAUUUAAAAAUUCUGUGAAUUCUGUGGAGAAAUCAAACAUUUUGGAAUUAGAUUUGGAAUUUAUCGAAGCUCAGGCAAAAUUGGAAAUGUUAAAACCGUUGGAUUCUGAUGAUGAUGAAUAA